UCCAGUGCAUAUGAGAGAAAAACUAUUAAUAGAUUAUCUCCAUAACAAAAUUGAAGUUGAAAACAGAAAUGUCCCAAAAAGAGAAGUAUAAAAUGGAAAAAAAAAAAAAAAAAAGCAAAAUACCGUGACUUCAAUGAUUUCAAUGACUAUCUUUGCUAAAGGACAUACUUCAAAAGCAUACGAAAUCUUUAGGGUGCUUUUAACUACCUAUAUUUGGAUUUUUUGGCUGUUUUAUCCUCCAGUUUACUCAAAGAAAAAAAUACAUUUAAUAACAUUUUUUUUAAAGAAACUUUUCUUUUGCACAGAACCGGCUCCUCCAAAAUCGCUGUUUGCAGUGAAUAAAACCCAGACUUCGGUAACUUUGCUGUGGGUGGAAGAGGGUGUAGCUGAUUUCUUCCAAGUGUUCUGUCAACAAGUUGGCUCCAAUCAGGAAACCAAACUCCAGGAACCAAUUUCUGUUUCUUCUCAUGUCGUGACCAUCUCCAGCCUCCUUCCUGCCACAGCCUACAACUGUAGCGUCACCAGUUUUAGCCACGACAGCCCCAGCACUCCUACUUUCAUAGCUGUCUCAACAAUGGUUACAGAGAUGAAUCCCAACGUUGUGGUAAUCUCCGUGCUGGCCAUCCUUAGCACACUUUUAAUUGGACUGCUGCUUGUGACCCUCAUCAUCCUUAGAAAAAAGCAUCUACAGAUGGCUAGGGAAUGUGGAGCUGGAACAUUUGUCAAUUUUGCAUCCUUAGAGAGGGAUGGAAAACUUCCAUACAACUGGAGUAAAAAUGGCUUAAAGAAGAGAAAACUGACUAACCCGGUUCAGCUGGAUGACUUUGAUUCCUACAUCAAGGAUAUGGCCAAAGACUCUGACUAUAAAUUUUCUCUUCAAUUUGAGGAUUUGAAAUUGAUUGGACUGGAUAUCCCGCACUUUGCUGCAGAUCUUCCACUGAACCGAUGUAAAAACCGUUACACAAAUAUCCUACCAUAUGACUUCAGCAGGGUGAGAUUAGUCUCCAUGAAUGAAGAGGAAGGUGCAGACUACAUUAACGCCAACUACAUUCCUGGAUACAACUCACCCCAGGAGUAUAUUGCCACACAGGGGCCGCUGCCUGAAACCAGAAAUGACUUUUGGAAAAUGGUCCUACAACAGAAGUCUCAGAUUAUUGUUAUGCUGACUCAGUGUAAUGAGAAAAGGAGGGUGAAAUGUGACCACUACUGGCCUUUCACAGAAGAACCCAUCGCUUACGGGGACAUCACCGUGGAGAUGAUCUCAGAGGAGGAGCAAGAUGACUGGGCCUGUAGACAUUUCCGGAUCAGCUAUGCUGAUGAGAUGCAGGCUGUGAUGCAUUUUAACUACACGGCAUGGCCUGAUCACGGUGUGCCCACGGCCAAUGCUGCAGAAAGUAUCCUGCAGUUUGUACACAUGGUCCGACAGCAAGCUACCAGGAGCAAAGGGCCCAUGAUCAUACACUGCAGUGCUGGAGUGGGGCGGACAGGAACAUUCAUUGCCCUGGACAGGCUCUUGCAGCACAUUCGGGAUCAUGAGUUUGUAGACAUCUUAGGACUUGUGUCAGAAAUGAGGUCAUACCGGAUGUCCAUGGUACAGACAGAGGAACAAUACAUUUUUAUCCACCAGUGUGUACAGCUGAUGUGGCUGAAGAAGAAGCAGCAGUUUUGCAUCAGCGAUGUCAUAUAUGAGAAUGUCAGCAAGUCCUAGUUCAGAAUCCGAAGCGGAGAGGACAUGAUGUGCACCCAUCCUCCCUUGCUUCUGGAUUUUUUUUGAGGGGAGUCUGUUAGCCAUUUUUCUAACAAGGGCCCCUGCUUUAUACUAUGUGGCCAAGGAGAUAAUUUAUCUCAUAGAAGCACCGGGAAGACCUAGCCUUAAAGAUCCUACAGUGUCUUUUGGACUCUUUUACUUUUGGACAUUUAAUAAUGGACCAAAUUCAAUGGAACACUACAAAGGUCAAGAUGCUCUACAAAGGGCAGGAAGUGCAGCACUUCCGAAGAGUUGAGUUGGCCUUUUGCUGGUUGGGCUGAGUUGGUUUUUGUUUUGUUUUGUUUGUUUGAUUUUAGUGCAAUAAUUUUUGUAUAUGCGUGAUUUUUAUCACAAAGUAGAAUUGGUUUCUGCCUACACCAUUGAUCUAGCCCAUAGCCCAGGAAAGAAUAGGCAUUGUGAAUAUUAAUUAUACCUCACUGUUUAAAAAAAAAAGAGGCAUGACCACACAUGAAGAAAUAGUAGUUCUACUUCAAGAAUAUAGAACCAGCAAUAUCUGCAUUCCACUGUUAAGUGCUGGAUCAGGAGCUGGGAUGGGGGAUGGGGAAAGAGAUAGGUGUUCUACCCACAGAUCAAUUCUGUAUCUUUUUCCUAUUCCAAAUAUGAAAAGCUGUAAUUCAGCUUAAAAGUAGAGUAGAAAAAAAUAUUUAAGUCUUAAUUGUUCUAGUUCUUAAUGGUUUUCUUCCUUAUUAACAGUGGGGUGUUUCUUCUUUGGCCCUUAUGGACUAACGCCACUGUCCAGGUUCUUUUGUCAACAGACCAGAUAACUGGUUCAGAAAAGUUUGAAGCCUGACUCUUUAGACUCCAUUGUUGUUUGAGCAAUCUUGGUGCCUCGACUUUGCAUUCCUUUUUCUGUUGACCUGUACACAUGUGAGAGCUAUUUCUUUGAGAACUAUAGCACUUUCUUUCCCUCAAAGAGCUGGAAAUUUAUGAAGUUAUGGCAAUGAAUUGCGGCAUGCUAGGACAAUUAUUUGGCUACAGUUUUUGUAAUAUUGUCAAGUGUCUCUAUGGAGUCCAACAGAGAUUUCUUUUUGUUUUGUUUCCCUUUUGGCUUUCAGUUUAAUUUUAACCAGUAUAACUAGUAACAUUUUAUUCCUUGGAUUUUAUAUAAUUACAGUACCUGAUUGUGUAUUGUGACAUGAAUGCUGUCAAAAUGGACAUCAAUGGCACUGUGAAGCCUGGUACUUUGUAUCACCUUCUUAGAAAUAAAAGGUGAUGGUAUGGGUGUACGAAGGAAAAACAUUUUGAGUUGAAGUAAACAUAAGCUGGCUACUUCACUGUGGCAAUGUGGCUGUCAUGGAAUCUUCUUAUGUGUGGUUCCAGGAGGCUUUGCUCCCUUCUAUGUAUCUGAUCACUGCCUCUUGCCCCUGCUUCCCUCCAUUCCUGACCCCCUUCUU